CUGGGCCAAAAGGGCCAUAAUAUUUCGGGCAAGGAUCGUUUCACCCAUCUGCAGGGCCAUCUGGGCCUGGGGCGAACGAUUUCUUCCAAUCCUGACGGUCGACUGCUGCGUUUUGAUAGCGGCAGGAGACAUCGUCUAGGUUUUGGUUCGGCAAAAUCAAUUCCACACCCAACUGUCGCGUCUUCGGGCAUCCUUGCCGCCGCCAUGGCUAACCGGGGCGGAGCGGGGAAUAAUCGUGGCCGAGGUCUGCCCUCUGGAGGGCGUGGUGGCGGUCGGUGGGACGGCGGUCCCAAUCCCAGCCGUCCUCACUUCGAGCAAGGGGGACCAAGCGGCACGCAUGAGCACGAUGGGGACGGUGAUCGGCAAGCUAACGCCAACGUGUAUGGUGAUGGCGUUUUCAGGGCAGGUGAUAUUCGUCCCAAUAGCUUUGGGGGUGGAAACAGGAACCCUGGUUUCCGUCCAAACUUUGGCGCUGGUGAUGGCCGGCGCAGUUUUGGAGGUAACAAUGGGGGUUACAAUAAUCGGAGGUUUUCAAACAGUAACUAUGGUGGAAGGUAUGAGUCCAACCGAAAUUCUUUCAAUGGUGGCGGUUUAUCCGCUAGGGAGCAAAUGCUAGUUAAAGAAACAGCGGAGGCUUUGGCUAGACAGUUUGUUGAUCGUCCAACUCAGCGAGAUUCACUUAAUUCAUCUAGGAAUUCCUCUCAGCCAACAGAUCAAAACAUUAGGGAAGUUGUUCAGCCUAGUCUUAAUACUGCUGCUAGACAAUCUUAUGUGCCCAAGGUUGUUUCACAGUCAGCGCAGGUUCCGAGUGCUUCGAACAUUCAGCAAGAUCAGGUUAUGGAGCAAAGUCCUCUUGAUGCUUCUAAUAUACAUGCAGAGUUUGAUGAUCAGGGUAGGAGUGUGACCUCGGAUGGUGGCUCUGAUGCCGGUGGUGCUUCACAAGCAACAAAGAAGAAGGGAGGUCCGACGUGCUAUCGGUGUAAAAAACCCGGACAUUGUGUGAAUGAUUGCUCUGUAGUUCUUUGUGACUGUUGUCAGAGAUCAGGUCAUGCCACUGUUGAUUGUCCCAUAUUGAAAGCACCGAGACCAAGAAUUGCUAUGUACGGUCUAGGUCAUCCGGAUUUAUCAUUUUGGGAACUUCCUCUUUCAGACUCGGUAAGACCUUGUGUUGAAAACACUAGAUUGGGCCGAGUAAAAAUUACUGGAGGAUCUCUCUCUGUCGAUGAAAUUGUAACACAACUGAGAUGGAUAGUGGAUGUUGAUGAACAGUACCAAUGGGAGGUGCAGAUGGUGGAGGAGAAUAUCUUUCGAGUUAAUUUUCCGAGCAAGCAUGAUUUAGUGAGAGUGCAGCGUUUUGGCCGUUUCCAGGUACCAGGCACUCCUAUUCAUAUGCACUUUGACUUCUGGACAGUAGAUGUUCAGCCAGCUUGGACACCUGAGGACGUGUGGGUUCGUGUGUAUGAGCUGCCUCCUGUGGCACUAAAUGAUUUUUUGGCAAUGUGGACUAUAGGUGAUGUUUUUGGGAAAACGAAGGAUUUGGAUAUUGUCUUCACAAGGGCCAACAAAGUUUUGCGUAUUCUGGUUACAUGUCUUGAUCCCACUUUGAUACCUAAUACUUGGGACUUAAAAAUAAAAAAUGAUUUCUUUCGUCUACGUUUUGAAGUAGAAGGAUUACAAAGAUCAGCUCCGGCAGAUGUGACAAUGACUGAUCUUCCAAAGCAUGAUGAUGAUGUUGGGGGCAGCGGCAAUGGGCAGAGUGCCCACAAAACAAGUACAGGGAUUACAAAGUCUUCUUCUGUUUUGGCACAUGGCUUGGGGAAGGAACAUAAUGCUCACGAGACCCCUGUGACCAUGCAAACUGAACACGUUGAGAGUACAUUGAGGUAUUCAAGUUCUAGUUUUGCAUCUAUUUCAAUUAGUCCGAUUUAUCUUGAACCGGCUUUUAAUACUGCUGUUUCUCCUAUGUCUAGUGCUGAGCAUGGAGGACGAAAUUUUUUGAGUACCCAUACAGUGCCGAUUUUGAAUGACAAGGCACAUUUGGAGGAGGAAGUACGUCGAUCAUUGCUGCGGGAUCACCAACCGAGGCAUGCAGACCAUGCAAAGGCGACGUCAAUCGCUGAGAUGUCCGGAGCGCAGGCGGGCCAGAAGGCCGUCUUGGCGGCGAUGGCGAGAACCCAGGCGGGCCAUAAGGUAGUUGUGGCCGGGCCGACCGUGGCACCUCCACUGUCGGAGGCUGCUGGGUCGUCUCCGCGGCGGUCUCACUCUGGGCCAGUUUGGCGUGGCUCUCAGGGUAUGCAGGCACAGCCCAACAUGCAUGGUUUUGGCGGUUCCCGAGUGGGGACAGAGGGAAAAAGAAUUUUCACACGAGAAGAGAUUAUAGCUUUUGGAGGCAUUCCAGAACCAAAGGCUUCGGAUGUGCGUGCAAGUGCAAGAAUUGGGGCGCAAGCUACGGCAGAUCAGACGCAAAUGGAGCGGGCUAUGUAUGCUGCUCAGCGUCGAUCCACUCUGGGUACAACAGGUUAUUCUUCGUGCGGCGCAUUGGCUACAACUAUGGGCAUAUCUGCUCCCGUCGGACCAGCGGGAUACUAUGGUUACUGGAUGCAACCGGCUCCUGGAGGUCACUCAGGACUGCUAUUUCCAGGCUACUGGAUGGCGUCACAUUAGCAGGAUUCUAGAUGGAUAGUUUUGGUCUUUUAUUCGUCUGCAGAUGUUUCGAUCCGUUUUGUUUAAGUGAUCUUUGUUUACCAGACAUGUUCUUUGUAAUAAGCACUUGACUUUGACGUUUAUUUUAUUAAUAAAGGGCUGUGUGCAUCGAUUGAUGCAGAGGCCGGGGCCAUGCUCCCAUAUCUAAAAA